AACUUUUUAUUGUGGUUUGUCCGUUCGGAGCGCUCCGCAGAACAGUCCUCCCUGUAAGAGCCUAACCAUUGCCAGGGAAACCUGCGCUGGGCGCUCCCUUCAUUACCAGUAUAUAUAUAUUUUUUUUUAUUAAUCUGAUUAAUAAUUAUUUUCCCCCCAUUUAAUUUUUUUCCUCUCAGGUGGAGUUGCCGAAGCUGGGGGCACUUGGGAAGGGUGGGGAUGGGAGGGGAGAGGCAGGAGUUGAGGGCAUCUCUCUCCCUUCCCGACCCUCUGGCCCCCAAGGGGCAGGAGGAAUGCGGGAGCAGGAGUCGAGAUAGGGAGCUGCAGAUGCCUCCGCCCCUCCCCUCUCCCAGGCUCUCCCUCCUGCCCUCUUCUUGCAACUCUCCUUAAUUUUGUUUUUUUAUUAUUAGGAUUGUUCUUUUUUAUUUUUGAAUUUAUAUAAAGUAUAUAUGUGUGUGGAGCUGAGACAGGCUCGGCAGCGGCACAGAAUGAGGGAAGACGAGAAAGACAGAGAGUGGGAGAGAGAGAGGCAGAGAGAGAGGGAGAGAGGGAGAGUGACAGCAGCGCCCGGACGUCCUCCCCAACGUCGCCCUCAAUUCCACCGCCUAUGAUCCAGUGAGGCAUUUCUCGACCUAUGGAGCGGCCGUUGCCCAGAACCGGAUCUACUCGACUCCCUUUUAUUCGCCACAGGAGAAUGUCGUGUUCAGUUCCAGCCGGGGGCCGUAUGACUAUGGAUCUAAUUCCUUUUACCAGGAGAAAGACAUGCUCUCAAACUGCAGACAAAACACCUUAGGACAUAACACACAGACCUCAAUCGCUCAGGAUUUUAGUUCUGAGCAGGGCAGGACUGCGCCCCAGGACCAGAAAGCCAGUAUCCAGAUUUACCCCUGGAUGCAGCGAAUGAAUUCGCACAGUGGGGUCGGCUACGGAGCGGACCGCAGGCGCGGCCGCCAGAUCUACUCGCGGUACCAGACCCUGGAACUGGAGAAGGAAUUUCACUUCAACCGCUACCUAACGCGGCGCCGGCGCAUCGAGAUCGCCAACGCUCUCUGCCUGACCGAGCGACAGAUCAAAAUCUGGUUCCAGAACCGCCGAAUGAAGUGGAAAAAAGAGUCUAAUCUCACGUCCACGCUCUCGGGGGGCGGCGGAGGGGCCAAUGCCGACAGCCUGGGCGGAAAAGAGGAAAAGCGGGAAGAGACAGAAGAGGAGAAGCAGAAAGAGUGACCAGGACUGUCCCUGCCACCCCUCUCUCCCUAUCUCCCUCGCUGCCCCAGCUCUCCUUCAAUCACACACUCUGUAUUUAUCACUGGCACAAUUGAUGUGUUUUGGCUCCCUAAAACGAAAUUAGGGAGUUAAGUGUGGACCUGAAAGUCAGCUCCGGACCCCUCCCUCACCGCACAACUCUCUUUCACCAUGCGCCUCUUCCUCCUUGCUCCCUCACUAGCUCCUCGGCUUGUCAGCAGGCCUCUUCCCCCGCCCAGGCCUUGGGGGCUCCGGUCCCUGAACUCAGAUUCCAUAGAUUUCCCUUCAAAUGAGGACUUGGCUCCCCCGACUCCCUCGGUGCCCCCGCCCCUGCCAGCCGGCUCCGGGCCCUGGGGCCUCUGCUUCGGGCCUCAGGGCCGGCCUGGCAGCAGGGGAGGGCUGAAGGCCCAAGGAGGGUGUGCCUUGGCCCCACACUAACCCCCAGGACUUCCCCGAAGUCCCUGCCCGGCCCCUCUGCCCCAGCAAAUGCCCAACCCUGGCAAAUUGUAUUUAAAGAAUCCUGGGGAGGGGGGUCAUUAUGGCAUUUUACAAACUGUGACUGUUUCUGUGUGAAUAUUUUUAGCUGUAUUUGUGGUCUCUGUAUUUAUAUUUAUGUUUAGCACCGUCAGUGUUCCUAUCCCAUUUUAAAAAGGAAAAAAAAAAGAGGGAAAAUCACAAAAAGAGAGAAAAAAAGUGAAUGACGUUUGUUUAGCCAGUAGGAGAAGAUAAAUGAAUAAAUAAAUAAAUAAAUCUCCUCGUGUUACCCUCCUGUAUAAAUCCGACCUCUGGACCCAUUCUCGAAUAUUUAAUAAAACUGAUAUUAUUUUUAAAAGUUUA